AUGAGCAACAAGAUCCAGCCCGUCCUUCCGCAAAUCACCAUCCCCCCCAGCAUCGGCACUCCCGAAAAUGUCACAACCACCAUCGUCGACACCUCGGCGCGCCCCCAAGACCGUACCACGUUGCGCAAGGAGAUUCGCAAAUGCAACGUCAUCCUGCUUGUCUAUGCCGAUCAUUACAGCUACGAAAGGGUUGCCCUCUUCUGGAUGCCCUACUUCCGCUCCCUCGGCGUCAACGUCCCCGUCGUCCUGUGCGCCAACAAGUCGGAUCUGGCCGGCCAGGGCAACACCCCCCAGGUCGUCGAGGAGGAGAUGCUACCCGUCAUGGCCGAGUUCCGCGAGAUCGACUCAUGCAUCCGCACCAGCGCGCGAGAGCAUCGAAAUGUCAACGAGGUCUUCUUCCUCUGCCAAAAGGCCGUCACCCAUCCCAUCGCGCCCCUCUUCGACUACAAGGAGGGACACCUCAAGCCGGCCUGCGUCUCUGCUCUGCGGAGGGUCUUCUUCCUCUGCGACAAGGACCAGGACGGCUACCUCAACGAUCAGGAGAUGCGCGACUUCCAGGCCCGCUGUUUCGACAAGCCCCUGACGAGCGACGAUCUCGACAAUAUCAAGCUGUCCAUUUCCAAGUCGCUGCCCGAUGCGGACAUGGACAAGGGCAUCGACCAAGCCGGCUUUCUUCAGCUCAACAAGAUAUAUGCCGAGAAAGGCAGGCACGAGACGAUUUGGAUCAUUCUGCGUAAAUACCACUAUACGGAUAGCCUGAGCUUGGAGGACAAGUUCCUGCGCCCCAAGUUCGAUGUCCCCGAAUACUCUUCGGCUGAGCUGAGUCCUGCGGGAUACCGCUUCUUCGUCGACCUGUUUCUGCUCUUCGACAAGGACAACGACGGCGGUUUGAACGGAGAGGAGCUCGAGGCCUUGUUCUCGCCAACCCCGGGUCUGCCGUCAUCCUGGGCCGACUCCUGCUUCCCCUCAUCCACCGUGAGGAACGAGGCUGGUCACAUCACCCUGCAGGGUUGGCUGGCCCAGUGGAGCAUGACCACGUUCUUGGAGCCCAAAACGACGAUAGAGUAUCUCGCCUACCUUGGCUUCGAACCGCCCAAUCCGAAAGAUCCCAUCACCGCCGCCCUCAAGAUUACAAAGUCCCGUAAGAGGAGAAGACGCCCGGGCCGCGUCGAGAGGAACGUUGUUCUAUGUUACCUCGUCGGCGCCCCGGGGGCUGGGAAAUCGUCAUUGCUCGAUGCCUUCCUGAAUCGUCCUUGGGAGGAUCUGUACCAUCCAACCAUCAAACCUCGCCGGGCCGUCAACAGCGUCGAGCUCCCCGGCGGCAAGCAAGUGUACCUGAUUCUUGAGGAACUCGGCGAGCUCGAGCCAGCCGUACUGGAAAAUCGGUCCAAACUCGACGCCUGCGAUUUGAUGUGCUAUGCUUACGAUUCAUCGGAUCCAGACUCCUUCUCCCACAUAGUUGACAUGCGGUCCAAGUACCCCCACCUCGACGAGCUGCCGUCUGUCUAUACCGCCCUCAAAGCAGACAAGGACAAGACGACGCAACGGAGCGAGCUGCAGCCCGACCAGUACACCUCAUCGCUCAACAUGAACACGCCCCUUCACGUGAGCGUCACUUGGGGCAGCAUCAGUGAGCUCUUCGUCGCCCUCGCCGAGGCUGCCACGAACCCCAGCCUUGGAUUUCCCAAAACCGAGGAAGAGGCUCCUGACCGGACCAGCCUCUACCUGACCCUGGGCGCAACGGCCUGCGCUGCGGUCGCGGCGGUGAUGAUCUGGCGUCGGUCGACAAAUGCGCCCUAG